AGCAGACGAAAUCAUCAAAAAAAUUUACUGUGAUAUGUUUAGAUGCCAACUCCAACGAUUCCAUACAACUCGAUCAACAAAUUGAGAUUUAUUUGGAUGAUAUGAAUUUUCCAAAAUCAAACCAAACUUAUAAAAAUUUUCAUUCCAACGUCGUUUCGUCAACCGCUUUUCCAACAAGUUGGGGUAAUGUUGAUGUCAAAAAACUUUAUUAUAAAGUGAUUAGAAAGAAUAAAAAAGAAAAAACCCUAGUUGAAAAUAAAACCAAGGUUGUUGACGACGACGCCAAGGGUAACGGGAUAAUUAUGAUGAUUGAAAAUGAUGACAGCAAUAAUAAAGAUAUAGGCGAUAAGAAUGUCGAUGAGUCGAAAAAGACAACUGCCAUCAAAAAGAAAGCUGUUGCGAGUAAUAAUAAUGAUGAUUAUUGCAACGAUGUAAUUAUAGAAUUAAACGAUGAAGACAGCUUCAACAAAUUUUGGAAGAUUGUUAAAAAUAUAUAUAACGAAACUGACGAUAAAGAAGACCUCAAGGGAAAAGGAGAAGGUGGACCAGUGAACCAUGAUAAAAAUCCCGAUGACAAUGAUGCAGAAGAUGACGAAUAUGAGUUAACGACCCCAUUAUUAAAAUCUGUAACAGUCAGAUCUAAGAAAAAAGUUUAUAAGCAAAAAGUUGCUGUAUCAGAUACAACCACAUUUUCUUCAGUUGUUACGUUUGCUAUAAAUAAUGCAUCCGCUCCACCAAACAAACAAUUCGUUAUCAGAUCAGCAGAUAGCUCACUCGAAUAUAUCCCAAAUGACUUGAUCAGAGAAGUUAUUUCAGGUGUUGAGCAUACCGAUAUUGUAGUGAGCUUAGAAAAUUCUCAAGGGUGA